AUGCCACCAAGAGUCAGACGUAGAAUUACUCAGGCUAAGCUUGAGGAGAUCGAGGAGCAACAACGUCUACUUUCACAGGAAAUCGUUCGGCCGUUCGAGAUCUUGGAAGACUUACCUAUUUCAUUCAAUCCACCACCCAAUGACGUAUUCAAGACUCCACUCACUAUCAAGGACACUGGGGUGCUUUAUCGAUCGCUUAUGAAGCUGCGGUACUACUACGUUCAUGUUUGUCCCAUGUUUAAGUUGUACUGGGUGAAGCAGACGAGUUAUGCUAAGAAGCUAGCAGAGAUGGAUAAACCUGUGCCCAAAUCGAGCAAAGAUGAAGCAUUGGGUGAUAAGAAAGCCAUCCUUGGGAAUGAUAUAAGUGCCAGAGAUAUCAUGGUCAAGUUGUGUGAGGCUAACUUGACCUUGGGACCUCACGUGUUUGAGAUCCGUCUCUUUAUAGCCAAAGACGAUCGUAGUGAUAAGGACAAAAUCAAACAGGAGAAGAUGGAUAAGAAGGAAAAGAAAAGAGAGGAGAAGGUGGCGGAACUUGAAUCUAAAAAGGCCAAAAUAGCUGCCAGAGAGAGGAAAGCCAGAGAAUUGGAGGAAAGAGAAAGACAACGGGGUGCAAGUGCUAUUCAUUUACCGCAUACUACUACUACUACUACUACUACUAUUAAUAAUAAUAAUAAUAAUAAUAAUAAUAAUGUUGAUCCCAUGAUAAGUAAUAAUGGGCAUCCUCCGAGGCAAUCAGAUGCCAAUACGUUUAUUGCUGAGACGCCUACGAAACCAAUAAGUAGUACUACGGCAAAUGGUAGUGAAUCUGAAGCUGGUACUAAAGAAGAUGAUACUGAAAUUGGUACUGAAACUGAUAAUGGUAGCAGUUCUACUACGGAUGAACCUAAAAAAGUCACUAGAAAGUAUAAUAAAACUGGGAAAUAUGAAAAGAAGAAGAAACUUUUUAACACCGUUCCUUCAGGUCCUCUCCCACCUUCAUCUGAUCCUAAUAACAUGCAGUCAAUUGAAAACAAGAUUAUGAUCUCUAAUUUGAAUGCAAUUGCCCGACAAGAUGCUUCUUUGAAUUCAUUGAUGAAAGUGGUUGCACUGGGUGGAGCAACACCAGAACAAAUACAAAAGUUUCAAGAGUAUAUAAAGAGGGCUAGAGAAAUGGGACCACAACCAUAUCAUGCAUAUUUAUUUCAAAAUCAGAAUAGUGCUGCCACUACUACGGCUCCUUCUGGUUUGAGUAGUGAAAAUGGAGGUAUAACUCCUGCUACAGAAACUGCAAGAAAAGAAAAGCUUAAAGAGAAGAAGAUUCCUAAAUCGAAAAUCCCCAAAGAACAAAAGCUAACAGCAUUCCAAGAACGGUACUUAACUGAUGCUACUAUAGUGUUUGAAUUUCUAGAGAAUGCCAAUAUUCGUUUUCUUUUUCCUAAAAUGGCUAUCUGUGAAGCAAUUGAAGCAGCUAAUCCUCCUCCCGAGGAUCCUGAAGAUAAGACGGACUACAAUGAUAUAUUAGUGAGUCAUCUCUGGGUCCAUAACCAGUCAGAACUAGAUGAAUAUGACGCUAAAUUGGCAGACUAUGAAAAGGAAGUCAAGCAACGAGAGGAAGCAGAACUCAAACAGAAGCAAGAGGAAGCAGAACUCAAACAGAAGCAAGAGGAAGCAGAACUCAAACAGAAGCAAGAGGAAGCAGAACUCAAACGGGAACAAGAGGAAGCUAUACUCAAAGAAGGAAAACUGGAAGGUGAAGGAAAAUAUGAAGAAGACAAUGAAUCAGCUAAAGUCAAGAUUGAAGCUGAAGGAGAAGGAGAAGGAGCUUCUGCAGCAACUGCAGCUACAAUUUCUGAGACUGUUGAACUUGAGAAGGUGGAGUCAGAACCUCAAGAGGAAGAACCCGAAACGGAAUCACCAGCACUGGCACCAGUACUGGCACCAGAAAUAGUAGCUACACCCAGAAGAAGAGCACCAGUACGUCGUGCUGCUGGAGGAAGGAAGAACAAACCACAAUCUCGUAAAGCUGUGGUAAAGAAAUUAGUACCUCCUUCGAAGCCUGAAAUAAGAUUCACUUCCCUUACUUUUACUAUUCACAAUAUCCCUGUCCGUUUUACUCCCAUAAUAGUCAACAUGACCAAGCCUUUGGAGGAAGUUCAGCAGUAUAUGACCAGAGUUCUCAACAUUGGACUGAGGUUACCCAGCUACUAUCUUUGGUAUCAGGUGGAUGCUCGUCUUGAUGAAUCUUUGGCAGAGAAUAUUCGAGUGCAGUUAGUGCAAGAAGAAAAGAAAAUGAUUGGAGUUCCAACAUCACAGCCUGAAGUUGUUGAACGACACUAUAAAAAGAGAAAGCCAAAGGAUGGAGCUGAGUCCAAACAAAAGAAAGUUAAAAAGGAAGAAAUCAAACAGGAAAACCCAGAGACUACAUUUGAAGGUGAUAUUAACUCGAAAAUCUCGACUCCUAUCACUGAGAGACCAUUGGCAGUGGAUACUGUUUGA